AUGCUCGGCGCGCUCGGCCUCGGCGGCAGCACAACGCCGCACUCCCAUCCACAGCCACUUCCACACUUUGCAGGCCCGUCAAACACCCUCCCACCGCUCAACACCGACCUCGACGACGGAGGCGAGUACGACGACCCACGCGCAUGGACCCACCGCGUGGCCAAGACGGCCGCCGACGCCGUGACCGCGCUGCAGAUGUACCGCGGGCCGCGGUAUGCUGAGUACCCCCUCCGCGUGAUCCGCUCCUAUGUCGACCAGAAGAUUGUGCGCGGGCGCAAGCCGGGCGAGAUCAGCCUCAAGCUCGACAAUGUCGAGGCGGAGGUGCCAGAGUAUGCGCGCGCGUUCAACACAGUGCGGUAUUUUCGCGGGCUGGGCCCGAGCGGCGUGCUCGACACCGAAUGGCCGCCGGUGCUCGACGACGCGGACCCCUUGCUCGACGUGGCUAGGAUCAUGACCUUCCCAGGCAGCGAGCGCAAGGAGGCGCGGCGGUCGACCGACCGCGACCGCGAACGCGCGCGCACGUCGUCGGCAGCGUCGUUCCACCCGCCGCUGCCCCGCAGCCGCACCUCCUCGAUCGCGUCCUUCGCGCCGCCGCCGCCACGCAGCCGCACCUCGUCGAUCGCGUCGCUCGUCAUCGCGCCGCGCAGCCGCACGUCCUCGGCCUCGUUCGAGCUCAAGCCCCGCCUCCUAGGCCUAGACCACGGCUUCCACCGCACACCGGCGCCCUCGGCGCGCCCGUCCCCCGUGCAACAAACCUUCGCCCCCACCAACACCCUCUUCCCCCCGCCCCGCCCGUUCGCACACACGCGCAGCCAGAGUGCGCACCUCAUCCCCGGCGCGCGGCAGCCCCCGUGGGCGGAACACCAGGCGCCAGAGGUGCUCGCGACGCCGACGCCCCAGCGCCUCGCGCUGCCACAGCAGCAGCGCGCGAGCGUCCUCUUCCCCGGCAGCAGCGCGACCCCGCCACCGAACGGCCGCGCGCGCAGGCCGUCAGCCCCGCUGCCUAUCGCCAUCCCCGACUCGCCGCGCCUCCGCCCCCUCCCGCUGCCGUUCACGCCGGGCAUCACGCCGUGGGGCACGCCGCUCGCCACGCCGUCCCACUCGGCACCGGCGAGCCCCACGACGCCGCGCGUCGGCGGUUUUCCGUUCCGCCACGACUCGCCCCGCUGGGACCAGCGCGAGCGGGGCCAGGAAUGGGCGGCAUCGGCCCAGGCGACGGCCGUCGCGCUCGCUGCCCCCGCCCAGCCGCGCCAGUACUAUGCGUACCAGGUAGAAAUGGAGGUCGACGCGCCGCCGGCCUACUCGCCCGCCGACGCGCUCCGUUACUCUGAGUUUCUGGCCCUCCCUCCAAACCCGGCCGCGCCCCUUGCUCGUCUCUCUCUACACAUCAUGGCUGCACGCCCAACAGCGGCACUGUCACUCGAGUCGGCCCACGUCCUCACGCAGCUCGCCCAUAUCUCGACCCUGCGCAUCCUGCUCGCCGCACUGCCAAUCCUCGACCGCCUCAACCUCCCGACACCGCUCGCCACCCUCCUCGCCCUCUUCGACUAG